UUCCAGCCAACAAGUGCACUUUCCAUCGCCUCAAAUGAUAUUAAUUAGUUUUUCGUGAAUUCUAGCUCACGAUCGCUAAGUUAAAUAUUGAUCGCGCACACCUUUCCAUCUCCAUAUUGGCUCAAGUCAUUUCUAACGUGCAAAUUCAGCUUGAAACACUCAUUUCUUGCCACCACUCGAUCGUUUGAGAGCGCUGGUGGAAAAAAACUGUGCUCGAAAUACACGACUAAACCACACAAAAUCUCACAAAGUGAUCGCGAGUUUGACGAGAGAAGUUGGCAUUCUUGCAGUUGCGAAAGGACUCCGCGGAGCGCGUUGGAGAGAAUUCUCUAAAGAAAUUGUGGCUGCUGCUCAUUAAUCAUACAAGUUGAAGUUAAUAUCUUGACUGAGAGUUUGCAAGGAGGAAAAAAAAGCGAACAGGUUUUAAGUGUAAAUAUUAUAUUUGCAAUUUUCGCGUAGUUGAUCAAAUAAUCACGAGUCGUACACCAAUCCCAGAAAAGUGACAUUUACCAGUUGCACACACAGUGAUCUAAUAUAUAAAUGGAUUUGAAAGGCCUGUAAGAGCACCUCUUUUCUUCAAGACAUUGCUCAACAUGGAGGACAACACGGCGUCCACGUCUUCGGCGGAAACUCACACUCUGGAGGCGAACUAUCCGUUCAAGAAUGAGGUGUCACUCUCCAUCGGCAGCGAAUCAUCCGCCAGCGAGAACGCCGCUCCAACGCCGUCUCCACGUCACAAUUACCAGACCGAAGUGGUAAUUCCGCCUCUCGAAGAAGUGGCCCUCACCAAAUCCGAUGACAGCUUUGACGGCAAGAUCGGUUUGGACAAUCCCGGCUAUGAGCACGAGCACCCCAAGCGACCGUUGAGCUCCUUCGGCCAGAAUGGCCUCACAGAAGCCAGCCUCAAUUCCGCCAAAACCCAAAAUGGAAAGAGUGUCGAUAAACCUCUGGCAGAAGCCGUCAAUUUAGAAUUAGUAAAUCUGAAUAAACCCGCAAAUGGACACGACAAUGGAAUCCCCAUCAAGAAAGACACAGAAGUGGACAUUGGCGAUCCCUACGAUGAAUACUUCGUCCCGGUCAAUGAACACCGAAAAUACAUGAGGGGUGAGAAACUCUAUGUGACAAAAGACAAAAGGAUCAAGAGCCGAUGGAGGAAGUGGCUCUGUUGGGCCAUAGUCUUAGCAUUACUUGUUAGUUUGGUCAUCAUCGGUCUGCUGUCAGCAACCGGUGUGAUCUUCAGUGCAAAACCCACUCCAAUAGAGUCUCGACAAUUUAACGGCAAUGAAGCUCAAGCGGCUGGCAUUCUUGGUGCUGCAGGCAGUAGAAAGAACAACACAACUCCAGUAACCCCCAUAACAACGUCGAGUACAGCACCGUCAAUACCCUCGGUAUCUACAGCAAACGACGAGAAUAUCAUCUACGUACCAAAUACUCUCGAGGGCCAAUUGACGCUGCAAGAUACGCAAUUCCAAGAUGAUUACAACAACCACGAUAGUUCAUCAUAUAUUAAUCUGGCUCAGAAAAUGGAGAGGUCAAUUAAGCAGGCACUCACCUCUUAUAUGCCAAAUAAUAAUGAUAUUUACGUAAAAGUCACAAACAUGAAACCCGGUUCGAUAGUCAUUGACUACAGAGUUGGAUGGAGCAAUAAAAUGCAAUCUGAUAUCUCACCAGCAUGGCUCAGCAGCAGUUUGGCUGACUAUCUUAAAAGAAACAAUGGCCGACUGGACAAUCACAGAGUGCCAACAAACACAUUGAGGGCAGCCCGACUUCCAGAUACCUGCUUCAUGAAUCCUGGCGAAUACGAUUGCGAGCAUGAAUGCAGAUUCAAUGAAAAAAUUGUGGACUUUUCUUGCACCUGUCCAGACAACAUGGAACUCCAAGAUGACGGAAAGCGAUGCAGACCAGGAAAACUUCACGUUUAUGAAGUCACACCAAAUCCACAUCAGCAUGAUCAUCAUCAUGAUCACGAUCAUCAUCAUGAUCAUGAUCAUUUCCAUCACAUUCAUUCAGAGCCAACGUCAGAACCCGAGGCUGAGCCAAAGAGCGAACCGGAACCGGAGGGAGAGCCCAAGAGUGAGCCAGAGCCAGAGGGAGAGCCCAAAAGUGAGCCAGAGCCAGAGGGAGAGCCCAAGAGUGAGCCAGAACCAGAGGGAGAGUCCAAGAGCGAACCAGAGCCAGAGCCCAAGAGUGAACCAGAGCCAGAAGGAGAGCCCAAAAGUGAACCGGAACCGGAGGGAGAGCCCACGAGUGAACCAGAGCCAGAGGGAGAGCCAAAGAGCGAACCGGAACCGGAGGGAGAGCCCAAGAGUGAGCCAGAAUCAGAGGGCGAGCCCAAGAGUGAAUUAAAGUUAGAGGGAGAGCCCAAGAGCGAACCAGAGCCAGAGGGAGAACCCAAGAGCGAACCAGAGCCAGAGGGAGAACCCAAGAGUGAGCCAGAGCCAGAGGGAGAACCCAAGAGUGAGCCAGAGCCAGAGGGAGAGCCCAAGAGCGAACCAGAACCAGAGGGAGAGCCCAAGAGCGAACCAGAACCGGAGGGAGGGGCCACGAGUGAACCAGAGCCAGCGGGAGAGCCCAAGAGUGAAAUUAAGCUAGAGGGAGAGCUCAAGAGUGAACCGGAACCGGAGGGAGAGCCCAAGGGCGAACCGGAACCGGAGGGAGAGCCCAAGAGUGAGCCAGAGCCCAAGAUUGAAUUAGAAGCAACAGGAGAGCCCAAAAGUGAACCGGAAUCGGAGGGAGAACCCACGAGUGAACCAGAGUCAGCGAGUGAGCCCAAGAGUCCAGAAACAGAUAGUGAAGCUGCUAGCAAAGAACCUAGCACAGAGGAAAUUAUGACAAAACGCAUGGAAGAACAAGUAAUUGAAAAUCAGCACAAACCGAGGAAUGAAAUUAAUGAUAUCGAUACUUCAAGUAAGUCAGAGUUCACGAAAAGCGAAGGUAAAAAUGCUGGAACCGUUAAAUCAUCCAAGCAAUUAGAUUACAAUUUCGAGAGAGAAGCAACAGAAAAUCCAACAACACUCGACAACAUUAUGAUUAUUCAUCACUCGACUGAGGGUUCGAGUACCGAGGCUUUAUCCACAGAAAAACCGGAAGAGAAGAAAACUCAAUUCUUCGACCAUAAAACUUUAGAAGCUCUUCUCGACAGAGAUAUGAGUGAUUCACUGCUCACAACGACUGAGGCAGAAGAUGAAUAUACAAAUAUUACAACUGAAUCUUCAGAUGAGGCUCGAGAAAUGGAAGAAGUUACUAGUCCUAAGAUGUCUGAGGAAGGAAAAGAUAUCCCUGAGAUGAAAAAGUCAUUGUUUAUCAGUGAAUCCGGCAUGCCAACUACUGUUGAGAUGAGCGAUGCCGAUUCUACUACCCUGUCUAGUCCAAGUCGAGGUGAUAUUAGCGUUGGCACAGAUGAAAGUGAUUCUGCACUCUCUCCGCUCACCACAGAAAUUCCAAAGAGUGAUAGCACGGAGAUGGAAACUUCUCCAUCAACUGACCUUCCCGCACCUGUCACUGAGGACAUUAGUGAUGAUAUUCCUAGGCCCACGGAGAACUACUUCAAGUCACCGAGGUUGAUUGACGAGGAGCCGAAGACACAAGGAGAUCGCACGAUAAAUAUCUUUUCGCCGCGAUCCGAGGACACAAUUAUGACUGUCAAUGAUUCUGAAUCUCAGCAGGGAGACUCUUUGGAAAUGUCACCAUUUUUGCCCAACAUCGAAACAUCUAGUCCAAGAACACCAUCCUCAUAUGCCGUCACUGAAAAUGUCUCUGAGGCUGAAACAUUCCAACCAAUACCAAAUAUUGCCGUAGAUCAAUCACCCUUCUUGCCUGACAUCGACAACAAUUCCACCCUUGUGCAUAACUUGCAUCAGGGCCACGAUGCUUUCGUUCAAAAUGACACGGAAGAAAUGAUGAAAGAGGACAUCAAGCAAAAGCCGAAAACACCCCGAUUGGACAAUGAUGAGAGCCACAAGGAAAAUCCCGUAGAGAGCAAUGUGCAAGUCGACCAUGUCAUGAUCAACAGCACAGAACAGUCAGAAGAUUCAACUGAUUCCGCCAUGGAAGCCACAUCGGCGAAGCCAGAAAAAGUCGUGAAUGAAUCCAGUGCAGAUUUGUUGGAGACCACAUCAAGUGAUGGGGAGGACAAGACAACAGUCGAGGCUGCUGACGCGACUACAGCUGCUGCAUCAACAGAAGAGCCUAGUUCCACCGUGACAAAAGUGGAAACAACUCAGGUGAAUGAUGUUGUCACUGAGAGUUCUACUGAGACAGCAAAAAAUGUUGUAAAUGAGGAUAAUUCAAUCAGAGCGGAAGAGAAACUGACCACAAUUGCUACAACAGAACGUCUCAAUGAAAUCUUCGAUCCAGAUGAGAAGUUUAGCAAGGAGAAGAACUUCUCCGAUGAUCAGUUUCCUAAAUUGACAGAAAAUGACCUGAAGGUCAUACCGCUAAGUUCAGGGAAAAACAUAAAGAAGCCUGAUAAAGAUGAAUUCUUAAGAGAGAAAUUAAGACCCAACGAGAUUGGAGAGGAGACCACUGAAUCUACGACCGGUCAUUUUUUAGGUGAAGGGACGUUUCAGGUGACUUCUGAGUUAACUGGAACGUCCGCAGCCUCGGAUAAAAAAAUCCCCACUAACAUGAAGAUGACCAAGAGUUUGAACAGUGAUCAGAUCGUGAUGUUCUCGCAGUGCACUUCUGGUCAAUUUGAGUGCAUGAAUGGAACAUCGAUUGAGAAUGGAUCUCCUUGCAUCAGCAAGACCGAAAGAUGCGACGCCAUCUCCCAUUGCACUGACGGAUCGGAUGAAAUGGACUGUGAGCGAUUGGGAUGUCCUGGUCACUUCCAGUGCAGUGAUGGACCUUGUUUGUCACGCCACUUGGUCUGUGACGGAAUCGCCCAUUGCAACGAUAGCAGCGAUGAGCAAAAGUGUUCAGAAUGGCAGUGUCGCUUUGACGAGAUUUCGUGCGAUGUGUCUGGAAAAGGACCCUGUAUUCCCACCCAAUGGGAGUGUGAUGGACUCCAGAACUGCGCCAACGGACGUGAUGAGAGCAACUGCUUGGACACAUGCAGCAAUAAUGAAUUCUACUGCACCGUGCAGAAAAGAUGCAUUCCUGAGGCCUGGAGAUGCGAUGGGAAGAUAGAUUGUUCUGGAAGUGAAGAUGAACGUCUUUGUGACUGCAGUGGAGAUAACUUUAAAUGCAACACAGGCGGCUGUAUUCCCGCCUCUAACGUCUGCAAUGGACUGCCUCAGUGUCCGGAUCUAUCGGACGAAUGGGACUGCUUCAAGAUCCUGAAGAAUGACACUAUCACGGAAGCUGCAGAUUUACUGGGUGUGAAAAGAGAAAUGGGUCAAUAUAAUGUAAUUUGUGCUGAUAAUUGGACAGAUGACGACUCCGAAGCGAUGUGCCUCAAGCUAGGAUAUUCCAAUUACUCCUCCUGGCAAAAAACAAGCCUCACCAAUCCCCCGAGUGUAAUCUAUGGAUUGAAUGAAUCAACGAGUGGUCCUCUUGUAGAGAAAAUCGUGAAGACAGAUUCCUGCAACUCUGGCUUCGUCUCACUUGUCUGUGAAGAAUUCACAUGUGGAAAUCGCAACAGUGAACCGAAGAGUUUGGACGAGUUAAAUGAUGAAAAACUCAUCGAAGCCGCUGUGCUCUCAAGCGUGGCUCUGGCAUUUAGUGAAUCAUCCAAUUUAAUUUGUUCAGCAACAAUUAUUGCCCCACGAUGGGUGCUCUCGACCUACUCCUGCAUUAUCGGACGAACUGAAUUGGUGAAUGGAAGAAAUUCUGCCGUUGACUGGAAAGUGUUCGCCGGCGAUCGAACGUUUACACGACAACAGAACAACUCAACAGCAACGCAAACUGCAACAGUGAAGAACAUUUACACAAACCCUCAGGCCAAAUUCAAACAAUUCCUGUAUUCGGGAGAUUUAGUGCUGUUGGAAUUGGAGGAUGGCCUUAAGUGGGAGUCAACACUGAGAAGUUCAUGCCUCUCUGCCCUUUCUGCAGAACAAUCAUCAUCUAUUAACACCGAAAUGUCCUGCAUAACUGCCGAGUGGGAGGCAAAUGCCUCAGAUGAAAACAUCAAAGAUCGCCAAUUGAACUAUUUGCGCGCCACAAUGAUCACGACUGAUGAAUGCAAUUCGACAAGCAAUUUCGCUGGAAAUCUCCCAGAGAAUUCCAUCUGUGCCAAUCAGGAUCAAAUGGGAUGCAAGAGAGAAGCAGCCCCUCUUCUGUGCUUAGAAAAGUCAGCCAACUCUGAAAAGAUGGAGUGGGUGUUGCGUGGAGUUCUGAGUUACCACGGAAAUUGUGGUCAACGUCAGCAACCGAAAGUUUUCACAUCAAUCACAGCAGAAAUCAGAAAUUGGAUUGCAAAAACCAUAGGAAAUGAGCUACUCUAUUGAGAACAGACACACUCUGCAAGCAUUCAGAACGAUAGCUAGUCACAAAAUUUUAUUUGUGCCAAUCAACUGAACGAUGACGAAUUGUGGAGAGGAAAAAUCUGCAGCAAAAUUAUAAUAGUAUAGGAAGGAAAACUUAGGGAUAAUGCGUGAAAUACAUGUAGAGGAUAAAAUAGAGGGGCCACGUUGUAUCAGGCCUGCGAGCUAAAGAAAGAAAGCGAGGAGUUGAAGUACUACUCCAAAUUUGCAAUUCAAUUACUAUUUAAAAGAAUUUUGAUAUGUAUUCAAAAGUUGUCGGGAAGAGAUAAAAAAAAAUGUUAAGGGAAAAAUAUUCUCUAUGUUUUAACUAAGGCUGUAAAUAUUACAAGAAACUAAUAAAUACUUUAUAUUAUUAUAUCAAUUUAUUCUGGUAGCAAAGAAAAGACAAUAUUCGAAAUGAUCUUCUAUGAAUUCUUUUCUGUAGUUUUAAUUUCAAUCAACUUCUCAACAUUACCGUCUAUUACACUUAAGCAAUUACAUAUAUAUUAUUCCAAUGUAAAGUAAUAAGUAGUUACUGUAUAUGUAUUACUUGCGAAACGUAUUGUUUAAAGUGAAAUGAUAAAUAAUAGAUGUAAAUAAAGGAAAAUACAAUUUUCA